UUCAUUGCACAUGUUGCGGUGCGCGGUUGUGUUGUUGCUGCCUCUUCUCUUGCAAUGGACAAGGUGUUUCUUUUGCCCAAUAAAGACUCGGCGGCCAGUGAAGAGCGCUUGCCGCGCUGGUGGGCUGAUCAACAAGCUACGUGCGAAGGGCAACCGUGCCAAGCCGGAACUUCUCCAGGUUGAUCCGGCGUUGGCGAGCUCAGCGUUGCCGCCGGGUUCCACUGCACCGGAGCUCAAAGCACGAAUCCAUGCCCUGUUAGAAGGGCGCCCUGAGCUGCUGGAACGCAUGUCAACUGCCUCGGACCUGCACAUUUCUGCAAUGACACCUGAUGAUGCCCAGGACCUGGCUGAUCUUCAGGAAGAGUGGUUUCCAAAGGAGUCCUGUCGAGGUGGAGCGCCCUGGUGUGCAGGGCUGCUGGCUCAUGAAGGAGUGCUGGCUUUUAAAGCGACUCUACCUGAGGAUGAAACCUCAGCUCCAGUGGGUAUUGUGGUGGCGCUGUCAAACAAAGCAGCAAUCGAGGAGUUUGGGGGCGAAGCAACAGUGGACAUCCUCCGAAGCGAGCUGACCAUUCCAAAGUACAUUCCUUGGGAUAGCCCCGAUAGACGGGAGUUGGGCUACGUGCUCAGCCUUGGCAUUGUUGGAGAGCUACGUCGACGUGGCCUGGGAAACGCUUUGCUUCAGCGCAGUUUGGCAGAGCUUCGCUCAGCUGCGAAAGCCUCAAACACUUUCUUAGGAGAACAGAAAGACACAGCCUUGCGUGCCGUUGCUCUUCAUCUUGCAGACUACAAUCGUGUGGCACGCGCGUGCUACGAGCAAGCGGGUUUCGAGAUGAUUAAGGAUACCUGAAGGUUGAGCAACCUCUGCAGACUGGGGGUCAUUUGUUGACUCUAUGCCAGGAAGAGCCUGACUCCUAUGCUGGUGUUGGAAGGCGCACCCACUCAUCUCUGCUGUACACACUCUUCAUCGACUGAAGAGAUGCUCGUAGCUGCUACCAACUUCCAUCUU